AUGUCCCCCAAACGAUAUUCGACUCCAGAUGCUAGCAACGGCAACGAUGGGGGUGUCGUACGCAUGAACGAUAACACAUUCCGGCGUCUCAGCCAGGCAAAUCCAAGUAUAGGCCAGCAGGUCAACGAGAUCGAGUUAGCAACUGCGACGGAAAAGUCUCUCACCAUUCGACAAGCUGUUCGAUUGUAUAAGCGAGCAAUAUGCUUCUCGCUGAUAAUGAGUUUGGCGGUUGUGAUGGAGGGAUAUGACCUGGCGACCACAGGCACAUUCAUGGGCUACGAUGCCUUCCGAAACUCCUUCGGGACAGAACUUGACCCAGAUGGCAAUCCAAGAAUAUCCGCUGCAUGGCAGGCCGCUGUGCUGAAUGGUACUCAGGCUGGUUCUAUCAUCGGUCUUUGGAUCAAUGGAUACCUGUCGGAGUGGAUCGGCUAUCGAAAGACGAUGUUGCUUGCACUCUUUGCGUCUGCUGCCUUCAACUUCAUACACUUCUUCGCGCAGAGUAUAGGGAUGGUGACUGCUGGUUCGGUUCUGAUGGGAUUGCCUUGGGGCAUCUACCAGACUUUGACAGUCACAUAUGCCUCUGACAUCACUCCUGCAGUACUUCGACCAUACUUGACAACAUACAUCAACUUAUGCUGGGUUUCAGGACAGCUUGUGUCAUCAGGUGUACUGCGCGGUUGUGACACCAUAAACAACGAUUGGGGCUGGAGAAUCCCAUUCAGUCUGCAAUGGGUCUGGGUGCCGUUCAUCUGCGUCGGGGCAUUGAUGGCACCAGAAUCACCUUGGUGGCUCGUUCGCAGAGGCCGGUUCAACGACGCUCGGAACAGCGUGAGAAGACUUACGACACCUUCUGCGGAUAUACCCUUUAACCUUGAUGGUGCAUUAGCCCUGAUCAAUCACACUAAUGAGCUUGAAAAAGCCAUGAAUGAAGGAGUCGGCUACCGAAACUGCUUCAGACCCAUCGAGAGGCGUCGAACUCUGAUUGCGUGCGUGGUUUGGCUUACACAGGCCUUGUGUGGAGCUGCACUGAUGGGAUACUCCGUACAGAUAUUUCGGGAAGCCGGUCUCAGUGGUGAGGACGGCUUGAACAUGGCGAUCGGUCAGUACGCCCUGGGUUUCAUUGGAACACUCAUCUCCUGGUUUUUGAUGAGCCAUAUCGGCCGACGAGCUCUUUACUUCUGGGGCCUCUGCCUCCUAUCCUGCUUCCUUCUGGUCAUAGGUGGUCUAGGCGUCAUAUCUCAAGACAACGUCGGCGCUGCAUGGGCUCUCGGUUCUGUAUUAUUAGUAUACACUCUUGUAUACAACUGUACAGUCGGUCCAGUAUGCUAUGCCCUCGUAUCUGAGAUCCCCUCAACCCGAGCCAAGGUGAAGACAGUUGUCCUGGCUCGAAACGUGUAUAACUUGGGUGGCAUCAUUAAUAACAUCAUUGUACCACGCAUGCUUUCGCCAACCGAUUGGAACUGGGCUGGCAAAAGCGGCUUCUUCUUUGCUGGACUGACCGCCAUUCUGGCUGCAUUCAUGUUCUUCAUGCUGCCGGAGUGCAAAGGUCGUACCUAUGCUGAGCUAGAUAUCUUGUUCGAGAAUAAGGUUACUGCUAGGAAGUUUCAUAAGACAAACGUUGAUCAGCAUGCAGGUCACACGACUAUCGCAGAUACUCAGACACGGGCGAGCAGCAGUGAUACUGUGACUGGUGAUAGCGAGAAGCCAAGGGACGUGCGGAAAGAGAUCGUUUAG